UUCCUGCCUGAACACGCCGCUGAUUGGACGCCCGCGUGUGCUACCCUACACACCGCCUGUAAUCGGAUACAGUGUUAUACAUUUGCCGCCCAAUAUUCGUACGCAGCUCGCGCAAAAGAGGAAAUUCAAAGACUGGCUUGCCGUCGACUGUAAUACAGCAGCUCUCCUCGCGCGGCGGUGAUAAUAAACGCACAGGACCGUUGCUGCUGCUGCUGCUGCUGCUGCUUCUGCGUUGCGACUUGCGUUGUGCUCGAGUGUGGUUCAGUCCUGACUGGUGCGCGGAUCGUCAUUGUCUCGCUCUCGAUUCUAUCCACAUUAUUGGACGUGAUUUGACCGUGUGAAUUUGUGCAAUCAUCGACGGAUUUUUUUUUGGUGACGCUCGGUUGACGAAUAUCGGCAACAUUUCUCGUAUAAGAUCGAGGGGAUCGGUGCAUUCAGCACUACGUGUAAAUCGAUCGGGUACAGAUUCCAAGAUGGUUCAUUCAUCUUAUUCGCCGUAUAUUUCUUGCGGCGACGAUUAUCUGAGUCAGUUCAGCGGGCAUGGAAGCUAUGGCGAUAAUACCGAAUUGACAUCGGUGCUAAAAGUAGCUGCGAGUGAAUACAUGAGAUGCUUGGACGGUACAGAGACAAAAUGGACUGUUCCAUAUACGUAUUAUAAAAAAGCUAAGGGAUUAGCUAACAUUUUAAAUGUUGAUCGAACAACAGAUAACUUGAUCAAUUAUCUCCUUGGCUUCUGUCUCAAUCAAUUUGCAGUGACGCUGGAUGACUUUACUGAAGCAGUACAGACUCUCGAAUCUAUAGAUAUAGAUUUUGUUCAAAAAUUUCCAGCCGUGUAUGCGGUCCUAGCUGAACUACAUUGCAAACUGUGCAGACAUGAUUAUGCUCUUUACUACUUGAAUGAGGGACUAAGCUUCCUUAAGAAAUUAGAUGAAUUAAAUAUUUUUUAUUUACCUGAAACAAAAAUAGUUCUGAAAGAUAAUGGUCGCGAUAAUAAAAUUUGGGACUACAUAAAAGAAAAAUGUUCAAAUUUUCAAAUGCCAGAUUAUGUGUGUGUUCAUUCAAAAUGUAAUAACAUAACUAAGCCAUAUACCACACCAAGUAAACAAAUCUACUUCAAAGAUCCAGCAUUUAGCGACAUAAUACAAGUACAAUGCUCUCAUGAUCCACCAUGUUCUCUCUAUUUUCAUAAACCUUGUUGGUUUUUAGAAAAGGAAAAGCAUUGCUUGUAUCAUCAAACAGAUGAGAUGAUAAUAGAUAAUCACAAUGUGCCUUGCCUGAAUAUAAAUUGUCAAAGUGAUCCAAAACCAUCAGUGAUCAACUCUAUAGGCGUUAUGAAUGCAAAAGGAGAUAUAGUAUUUGAAUUAAAAUAUCCACGUUCAAACACAUCAAAAAAAAUUGCAGAAAAGCUUUCCAAGAAUCAUGAAGCAAAGGAUCACUCUGUUCUUGAUGUAUCGAAAGGGGCCAUUAAAAAAGACUUCACGGGAUUAAACACUCUAAAAAACUCUGCAGGUCGAAAAAGUGACGAUUUGUUUAAACAGGAAGUUGAAAAAUUUGGGGUUCAAGAUUAUAAUCCAUUUAGAAUCAACAACCGACAUUCUGACAGAAUGAAUAGAGUAGUUGUGGUGAAAGAAGGAGUAGAGCCAAAGCUCAAAGUUACGAAUCGCGAAACCGAAUUCUUAUUUUCUUUUUUCCAUGAAAUGAUAUCGAAGAAUGUUGGAACUACUUGGGUAGAAGUAUAUGAUGAGUAUAUGAAAAUACAAGAUAAUUUUUUAAAAAAACCAACAGAAGAUAUAAGAGAUUUUUUACUAUCAACUGAGGCAUUUGAAGAGACUCCUUUGGAUAUAACUUCAAGUGAUGCAACAGUGAAUGAGACAAUUGAGAGCAUAAUGAGUACGCUUGCAGCACACAAUGAGCGUCAUAAAGAAAGAAGUUCAGCCAAUGCUUAUUACGAUUUAUUAGAUGAUGAAAACCAUAUUGUUCAAUCUAAUCAAACAUCGAUCAAAUCACCAAAGGAUAAAACAAAAAAUUCGUGUGUCGAAACUUUUAAUUUUCCUGAUUCUGAUGAGUUUAAAGCCAGUGAUAAAGAUUACUUGGAAAAAAUAAUAAAUCAUUCCAAAAGUAUGGAAGUGGAACUGCAGGAGCAAAUUGAAACAAAUGCACAUUUGGGUCAGAUGGUACGUCAACAAGCUGCGCAAAUUGAGCACUUUGAAACAGAGCGGCAAGAUUUGUGGGAUAAGAUAGAAAGUCUUUCUAAAGUCAUAUCUGCAUCAACAAAUUUGAAAAAAAAAUAUGAUCAAAUCAACCAGGAAAACUUGCGACUCAAGCAAGAACUUCUUCAAAUGACAUUGGAAGUCAAAAAAUCAAAAUUAAAUGAUUUAUGUCAGGAUCAAUAUCCUAGUAAAAUUGAUGAAAACAAAAGAAAAGAAAUUCUCGCUAAUUUUCAAGAAGAAUUGAAAAUUAUUCGAGAUUCUUUAAAUAAUGAAUGGAACCAAAAAUAUUCUGCUUUAGAAAACUCUCAUAAGACAUUGAAGGAAACACAUAAAAGUCUCGUUUCUAAAUACAUUGACAGCAGAUUUGCAGAAAGGAAAAAUUUGGUUUAUGGUAUAAUUCAACAAAGCUACGAUGCAACAGCUAUUAUUAGUAAAAUAAACAAUUGGAUGAAGCAGAAAAUGCGAAUCACUAACUUCAUCAGCAUAUCAAUGUGGAACAAAAGAAUUGAACUAUUAAAUGACACUCUUAACAACGACAAGAAAAGGUACUCUACUAUCAAAACAGAGUUAGCAGCAGCAUCCGAAGAAAAUGUGAAUAAUUUUACAGAAAUCAUAUUUCCAUUAUUACCUGUAUCACCUCCAGAGCAUAUUGCAAAUUUUGUACUUGGAGCUCUUGAUAGAUUUUAUUCCCAUCAAUGUUUAAUUGUACAAAAUUUAGUAUCGGCUUAUCAACCGCAAAUUCCUUACCCCAUACCUUAUCAAAAUUAUUGGUAUCGACAACCGUUUAUUCGUCCUGCUAUGCAAUAUCCUCAGAGACAACAAGAAAUAUCUAAUUACCAGCAAGUUCCAGAGCAAUCUCAAACAUCUGUUGAUAUAAUUGAUGUGACUUAUCAGAGACAUUCUCCUAAGCCUUUGGCAGAAUCAAAUUGGAAUUCAAUUACAAACUAUGAAACAUUAACAGACAAAGCAACUAACGUCAUUGAUGAUUCUGAAAUAAAUCAUUCUGUUAAUAUAGCAAAUACAUCAGUAGUUAAUCUAUCAGAUUCUACGUCACUGAAAGAUUCUUUUAUAACUGAAUCAGUUUCAAAUAAAUCAGCUUCUGAACAAUUGAACACUGAGUCAGCUCAUAAAUCGGUUGACACUAAAUCAAUUACUGAAAUAGUGAACACUGAAUUAGUUAAUGAACCUGUGAACACUGAAUCAGUCACUAAACUAGUAAACAAUGAAUCAGUGAACACUGAAUCAGGUUCUGAUCUAGUGAAAAGUCUUGAGCAAUUAAAUAUUGAAUCAGUAAAAGUUCAAACAGAAAGCAAAUCAAUGAAUGAAUCAAUAAACGAAUUAAAUGAAAGUCAAUUAGUUACGGACGUGAUCAAUACGCAAAUGAGUAAGGAUACAGUGACAGAAUUAAAAAGCACAAAAUCAAUGACGUACCUCGGAAAAUAUGAGCUUAAUAAUAAUUCUAUCAAAACGCAAAUUGAAACAAUCAGAGACGAUAGAUCAGAUACAACUAACAAUACAUUCAGGUCAGCCGUCAGUUCACUGACAACCGUUAAAAGAAAAGUAGGAUUGGAAAAACUAAUCUUAAUAAUGAGGAAAAAAUACUCAGAUAUCCCAAAAGUUGAUUUGAUUGAAGUUAUUGCGAAAAUUCGUGAAAAAAAUAAUGAUUCAUUAUCAGGAUUAUCAAUCAAUCAGAUUUUCAGAGAAGCAGAUGAUCUGUUGCUUCGAAGACAUAGACUACAUAUGCUGCAAUAUGAUGUGUUGAAUAGUGAAGAACGAUCGGAUGAUAUCAAUUCCAACAAUGUGGCAAAUAUAUCAAUUCCUUCGGAAAUUUCUUUUGCAGUGUCAUGAAAAAGAUUGGUUUCAAAUGUAAUGGCUUCGUCUUUUAAGUAUAACAUUAAGAUGAUACUCUACUCUUAAUCAAUAGUUGUUGGUUCAAGAUUGUUUUUUUUUACCUGUUUUCUAUGUUGAACUAUAAAAAAAUAUUUACAUCUAGUAUUAAUUAUAAUCUAAUAUCUAGCAUGAGAAUUUGUAAUACCUAGACUUGAAUAAAUACUGCAUUUUUCAAGUAAAGUUAAA